AAAAAGGCACUCUGCCGAAACAGCUGUAGUCAGAUAGUUGUAAAUAAUAAAUUUUGUGGAAGUAUAGAAAACAAAAGGUUUCAGUGUUUUAUUGUGAGAUAAAAUGAACUUCCAUCAAGUAACGGUCGAAUGCAUCAAUUAAAUAAAAAUAUAAGUACUUAAAAUUCUCAGUAUCUGAUAUCAAAAACAACAAACUUGUUCAGUAUAAUUAAUUCUACAUAUCAAAAUACACUCAGAAUAAAUAAAUAAUAGCUUAUCAAACAAAGCAAUGACUAUGAAUAAAGUCACAGCCACAUCAAUUGUAUAUUUAUACAAUCUUUUGAUCAAAUCUUUCAACAUAUAUGUUCAGUUUUUCUCGAAACGUAAGAUUCAUUUCUAAUGAUGCAGAAGUUAAUUAUACUUUUGUUAACGCUAAUAUACGUGACUUUUGUGCAGUGUUAUCUAGAAGAACCGGGUCCUAGAUAUCCCCCAACUAAAGGAGAAUUAUGGCCAAAGCCGUCUUAUCAGAUAAAAAAUGAAAGUUUCUUUAUACUUGAUCCUCGAACUUUUGAAAUAAAGACAACAAGUUAUACAUGUUCACUGAUUAAAGAUGCCAUCGUGAAUUAUGAAUACCUCAUUACAAAAGGUGGAGUGUCAGAAAAGAAUAAAAUAAAGGCACAUGGGAAAAUAUUCGACAACACGUGGUUGCAAGAUCCAGCUUAUUUGGGAAUUUUUGAUAAACUCGAGGUACGACUUGAUACGCCAUGUGAUGGAAAUGAGUAUCCAUCAGAGAACAUGAUGGAAGCUUAUACAAUUAGGGUGUCUGAACAUGAAAAGCUAAUUAAUUCAUCUUCAGUUUGGGGAAUUCUCAGAGGUCUUGAAUCAUUCUCCCAAAUGGUAUAUAUAGCCGAUAAGGGAUUGUCACUGAGAAUUAACAGAACUUUUGUGGAAGACGUUCCUAGAUUCUCUCAUCGUGGACUUCUUUUAGAUACAUCCCGGCACUUCAUCCCUCUAGAGAGUAUUUUACUUACAAUUAACGCAAUGUCAUACAAUAAAAUGAAUGUGUUUCAUUGGCAUAUAGUAGACGACCACAGCUUUCCUUACAGCAGUAAAAAAUUUCCAGAACUAAGUGAGAAAGGAGCAUACACCCCUUAUCAAGUAUAUUCAGAUGCAGAUAUACAGGUUAUAAUAGAACAUGCUAGAUUAAAAGGUGUUAGAGUCAUUCCAGAAUUUGAUACACCAGGACAUACAAGAUCUUGGGGUGUGUCUCACCCCGAACUAUUAACUGCUUGUGGAGGAGAACUUACAGGAAAAUAUGGACCCAUCGAUCCUACUAUAGAUGCGACUUAUGAAUUUCUCAACGAUCUAUUUAUAGAAAUUCACGAAACAUUUGCUGACAGAUAUAUUCAUAUUGGUGGUGACGAAGUAGGUUUUGAAUGUUGGGGAAAUACCUCCAAAAUUGUUGACUACAUGAAAGAAAAAGAUAUACAAACUUUUGAAGAUUUGGAAAGUUUUUACAUUAAAAAAGUUAUUGAUAUGAUAGAUAGUUUAGAAUAUCAAUCUAUUGUGUGGGAAGAAGUAUUUACAAAUGGCGUUGAGCUACCUAAGGAUACAGUUAUUCAAGUAUGGAAGGAUUUCUGGAACGAAACAAUGCUUAAUGUUACAACUUCCAACAGACACGGCAUCCUUUCUUCAUGUUGGUAUCUAGACCAUCUCCAAAGUGGUGGAGAUUGGUUAAAAUUCUACGAUUGUGAUCCUCAUUCUUUUACAGACGAUCCUAUAUUACGGUCUUUGGUAAAGGGAGGUGAAGCUUGCAUGUGGGGAGAGGUCGUAAACCAAUACAAUGUAAUUUCAAGAGUAUGGCCAAGAACUUCUGCUGUUGCUGAAAAACUUUGGUCACAGUGGGACCAAAAAUACGACGAAGAUGAAGUAAGACGACGAUUGGAGGAGCAUACAUGUAGAAUGAACAGGCGAGGCAUAGCAGCUCAGCCACCCAAUGGUCCUGGUUUUUGUUAUUAACAUCUGAAUUUAUACAAAACAUUAAUGCCUGGUUGCACCAACAGAUCUUUUCCGAAAGCUCACUUUCCGAAACAUACGAGUUGUACCAUUGAGUCUUAGAUCAAUGUUCAACUUACCACAAUGGAUGGCAUUUUGAUCAAUCGAAAAUUAUGGUGCAACGUAAGUGAGAAUUAAAGCGGCUCUAUCUAUAAGCUGAGUUGCGCUAAGCUGGAGCUUAAGAUUUGUUGGUGCAACCAGGCAUAAGUUUGUUACUUUUUCAAAUAAAAGUUAAAUGUUUUCCCUAAAGAA